AGUCUGUAAUGGGGAGUACUGAAGAAUUAGUUGAUUACAAAAAAGAAGCUGAUGAUGAUAACAAGUUCACUUGGGUGAUUAAGAAUUUCUCCUCUUUGCCAUAUGAUAAAGUCUAUUCCAGUCCAUUCGUGAUUGGUGGCUGCAAAUGGCAUCUUCUAGCCUAUCCCAAGGGAAAUAAGUUUAAUAAUAGUUUGUCUCUGUAUCUUGUGGUUGAUGAUUCUAGAUCAUUGCCUUGUGGAUGGAAAAGAUUCGCACAGUUCUCCUUAACUAUAGUGAACCAACAUACGGAAAACCUCUCCCAACGAGGAGAGAAACAACAUUGGUUUAAUCAGAGAAACCUCGGCUCGGGUUUUACAUCCAUGCUCCCACUUCCCAACCUUCAUGCCAAACACGGUGGAUUUCUUGUGAACGGAGAAGUCAAGAUUGUUGUGGAGAUAGAUGUUCUUGAAGUCAUUGGAAAUUUUGAUGUAUCAGAAGAAUCUGAAGAGGAAAACCAACCUCUGAAAAAGAUAAAGCUAGAUAAUGAUGAUAAUGAUGCAGUCUCUAUUGAUUUUCUCAACGUGGCUUCACCAGUAAUGGAAAGCAUUGAUGUCAACGGGUUUCAAGUUCUUCCAUCACAGGUAGAAUCUGUGAAGUGUAUAUUUGAAAGGCACCCAGACUUUGCAUCAAGGUUUCGUCCAAAGAACCGGCACCUGAAGUCAUCAUACAUGAAUGUCCUCCUAGGACUAAUUAAGACUUUGUGUCAGUUACCUGAGGAGCUCUCUGAUGAUGAUCUGGAAGAAGCAUCCGUCGCAGUGUCAUACGUGGAAAAGGGAGGGUUUAAAUUGGAUUGGUUGGAGAAGAAGCUGGCAGAAGUUAAGGCAAAGAAGAAAAAAGUGGAGAUUGGUAAGGCUCGACUGCAACAAACGGAGGAAGAGUUGCACAGAUUAAAUCAGAGAUGCUUAGACCUGAAAGCUCUUCUGGAGAAAGAGACCGCAGAUGUGUCAGAGGCCAAUGUUCCACUCUCGUUCGAUGAUGUUGUCUGAUGCAUGUUUUACGUUAUGAGAAUAAUC